GCGGCGGUUAUCCGAAUGAAGACGGGCGGUUUGAGUGAUUUCGCCGAUUUUGGUGAAGAAGACGCCAACUGUACCCAAGGUAUUCAAUGGAUUAAGGAUGUAUUCACGGAUUGUGUCGAUACGGAUCUCAAACUGCUCGGCUUCAUUAUCGGUUUAAUUUCUCUUGCUCUUUGGCUCAUUCCACUCUUCCCACAGCUUUGGCAGAAUUACAAAACAAAAAAAUGCGAAGGUCUCUCGCUGGCGUUCCUCUUCUUUUGGCUCGUCGGUGACACGUGUAACAUGCUCGGAGCAAUUCUCACUAAUCAACAGCCAAUUCAAAAGAUUAUUGGCGUUUAUUAUAUUAUACAGGAUCUCGUUCUAUGGACACAAUAUGGAUAUUAUCUGAAGAUUUAUAAUAGACCUACCACGUCAUCAGCGCGUUCCAACACAAUCGUUGUACCCGUACUCGCAUUGGCAUCAGUCGGAUCAUUUUUCGUGUUUGAAUCGGCUCUGCCACCUGUUGGAGAUCAUCGAGUUAAGCGCUCUUUCCUGGAGUCACUAAACCAUCAAGAAGGUCUCCCACUGGAAGGAAUUCUUAAAAUGUGGCCAAUUUUCACGUCGUACACUGAUAUGCUUGGUUAUAUAAUUGGAUCGAUGGCCGCUGUUUGCUAUUUCGGUGGAAGAAUUCCCCAAAUUAUCAAAAACUACCGGCAUUCUUCGUGUGAAGGACUCUCGUUGACCAUGUUCUACAUUAUUGUCGCUGCCAAUUUUACUUACGGGAUCUCUGUGCUAUUGGCAACGACUAGUUGGCUUUAUUUGUUGAGACAUCUCCCAUGGUUGGCUGGAAGUCUCGGCUGCUGCUGCUUCGACGCUGUAAUCAUCUCUCAAUACUACCUGUACCGUCCGAAGACACCGCUAGCAGAGGACACCGAACGAGCGGGCCUUCUCAAUUCACAAGACGACUCCGAUUAGAAUUAAAAAAUCGACUAGUUUUUAAAUUAAUUUUUCUGAAAAAAAAAUUGGUCUGAAAUCGGUUGAAAAUCGAUUUUUCCCCAAUUUUUCCACCUUAAUUUGUUCUUGUAACCCUCCAUUUUUUGAUAUAUUUUUCUCAUGUUCUAACUUAAAUUAUACUUAUAUCUAUAUAUACAUAUUUUGUACUAACCUCCCCCACCACCAAAAGGGUGUUGAAAAUUUUUAGAUUGUUCGGCGUUUAUUUCAGAAAAAAAAA